AUGAGAUGUUCCUAUUUGUAUAUUAAAAGCAAAGAAAUACUUUUAACAUUUUCAUGUUCUUGAAAUCCUAUCCCGCAUAAUCCUCUACCUUCAUUGCAAGACCAUCUCAUUUGUCUCUCUGGGAGGAUUAUGGGGAAAAAACCCGUCAAAUACACAGUGGUGGACGCGUUCACUGACUCAGCCUUCAAGGGAAACCCAGCUGCAGUUUGUUUGUUAGAAGAGGAGAGGGACGAUGGAUGGCUGCAAUCGGUGGCUACUGAGUUCAAUAUCUCUGUCACUUCCUAUUUGACUCCGGACAACUCGGAUCAAACUCCUAAUCAUCCUAGGUUUCGUCUUAGAUGGUUCACACCUGUUGCUGAGGUUAAGCUUUGUGGUCAUGGAACAUUAGCAGCUUCACACACACUCUUUACGUCUGGGUUUAUCGAUUCCAACAUCAUUGAAUAUGUCACAGGAUCUGGGGUUCUAACUGCUAAAAGGCUUUCUUCAAGUACUAACAGUACCAUUCGGAAUGAUAAAGAUGCAAAAGAAUCUUUUUUAAUUGAAUUGAAUUUUCCAACUGCCCCAAUCACAGAAUCAGAUACAACAGAUGUUUCCUUGGUUUCUAAGGCCUUGGGUGGUGCUACUGUGAUUGAUAUUAGAAGGACAAUUGCUAAAGAUGAUCUCUUCGUUGUGCUAGCAUCAGCAAAAUGUGUUGCAGAUGUUCAACCAGAGUUGGAUGCAAUUAGAAGAUGUCCAGGAAGAGGGAUAAUUAUAACUGGGGUUGCUCCACCAGAAUCUGGAUUUGAUUUUUACAGUAGAUUUUUCUGCCCAAAGUUAGGAAUCGAUGAGGAUCCAGUUUGUGGGAGUGCACAUUGUUCUUUGGCACUUUACUGGUGCAAACUAUUGGGAAAGUCAGAUUUUGUUGCCUAUGCGGCAUCGCCAAGAGGAGGAGUCGUAGACGUUCAUCUGGAUGAGCAGAACCAGAGGGUGUUAUUGCGAGGCAAGGCCUCUACUGUCAUGACAGGAACUCUCUUAGUUUGAAUUUAGCUCGCUCUUUAUUUAUUUAUUUUUUUCAAACUUUUGGGAACGGUAGCUUUCUUUUAGUUUGCAUGGACAAAAAUAUUGGAAUUAUUCAUGUUGAAUUGUAUGCUAUUUCUAGUUUGAACAUAUUUAUCUUCAUCAAUUGAGAGAAGUUGAUCAUAA